AUACCCAGGCCAAUGCUCCAGUUGAACUUUAUGGAUGAAAUGCUUUUCUCAACCUCAUCUACUCUGUUACUAUAAACAAGGGAUGGACAAAUUAUGAUCCUCCAGUUGAUGUUGAACUUCAACUCUCGACAGCCUAUGGCAGGGAGAUAGGAGCUUUAGAACGAUAGCCCCAUACUGCCCAACCCUGCUGUAAAGUUUAUAUCUUGUUGUCAGAGGGAUUCUCAGCUCAGUAUAUAUGGUAUACAGAGCAUUGGAGAAUAUGCACUAUUUAUAGCUCACUGCAUCACCAUGUGUUAUAUUUUGUGAAGCAUAACAGGAAGAGGCAGGAUCCAUUUAAUACAUAUCUCACGACAUGGAAACUACAAUAAAAAGGAUAUACGCCUUUACUUAAUAGUAAUUGUGUUUGAUUAGAUGUGUAAGAAGCUUGGGAGAAACAAAUGACAGGUAUUCGGUUACAUCACAGGUCACUUGAUUGCUUACCUGCACUCCCCACACCCUCACUCCUUGGCCUCUCCCAGGUUGAUGUUUCACUGAAGUUGCCUUUCAGGUUCCACAGGGUUAGAAACUCCAGGUGUCAGACUGUGCUUAGUGCACCUCUUGCUACUUUCAUAUUAUCUAGUAAAUAUCCAAGCCCUGCCGUACAGAUACAUAUUUUUUAGCAGAAAUGAGCAAGAUCACAAAGUUAUUCAAGUCCCCUGGUGGGUCAGGAUCUUCUUCUAAGAACAGAAAAGGACCCAGUGCACAGGAGGCCCUAUUUAAACUCAGGGAGACUGAAGAAAUGUUAACCAAAAAACAGGAAUACCUAGAAAAGAAGAUCGAACUGGAGCUGGCCACGGCUAAAAAACAUGGCACCAAGAACAAAAGAGCUGCCUUGCAAGCAUUAAAAAGAAAGAAGAGGCUGGAGAAGCAGCUGGCACAGAUUGAUGGAACUCUUUCAACUAUUGAAUUUCAAAGAGAAGCCCUGGAAAAUUCACACACCAACACAGAAGUGUUAAAAAAUAUGGGAUAUGCAGCAAAGGCUAUGAAAGCAGUACAUGAGAACAUGGAUUUAGAAAAGAUUGAUACCUUAAUGCAGGACAUUCACGAGCAGCAGGAUGUCGCACAAGAAAUCUCUGAUGCCAUUUCUCGGCCAGUUGGGUUUGGUGAUGAGUUUGAUGAGGAUGAGUUGUUGGCAGAAUUAGAAGACCUGGAACAAGAGGAUUUGAACAGUCAAAUGGCCAAUGUUAAACUGCCAAGUGUCCCUUCAACGAAACUUCCAUCAACGAAACUUCCAUCCCGACCAGUAUCUUCACGCAAGAAGGUGGAGGAUGAUGACGACAUGCAGAUGUUGGCAGCUUGGGCCACAUAAGAAUGGGGAUAUUUUGGCUACAAUAAGGAAAUAACCUGCACAGAUCAUUUCUGAAGUUGCCUCUUUACCAGUGAAUUCGAUGCUUCCAAAGAAAUAACCCAGGACUAUAAUAUUUAACCCACACAAAGGCUGCCUUCAUAAUCCCUUGUAGGAUGUAAAUUAUAGAACAGGAGUAUUUUUUUCCUAUGGAAUUCUAGAGUUUUGUAUGUGUAUAUGAGAAUGUGUGUGGAGUUCAGCUUCCUUUGGAACUUGACACGUGUAUUCAUAUAGGCACAAAGAUCAUCUUCAUCCACAGGACUCCCAUAUAAGUCUUGAACCGUGUGCCUUUAUAUGAUAAAUCCUGAGUGACUUGAAGUGUCCUACAAAUGUUAUGAUAGUGGGAUUUAUGUGUGUGGCUUUGCUUGUGCUGUAUAUAAUGAUGUAAGUAUUUUGGUUUAAUAAAAUAGUUUUUAAUGCUUCGCCUUAA